AUUCCCAUCGCCAUUUGCUGUGUGUUUUCCCACGGUAGCUGGUGUUGGAACGUGUUCUUGCAAAUAAAGACAUGGCUGACACGGCAGGACCGUCAAAGAAUGGCGUUAGGAGAGCGCCCGCCACACACCCAUCAUGGUAUGAGAUGGUCAUUGAAGCAGUCAGUAGCAACAAGGACUCAAAAGGUGCUUCCGUUCAGGCUAUUAAGACUUACAUCGUCGCGACGUAUCCUACCGUUGACCAGAAUUCAAUGCGACACCACAUCAAACGCGCGCUCGAGAAGGGAAUCAAACUUAAACUUUUAAAGCGACCGAAAGCUUCCGAAGAUGCUACAGGAUUGACAGGACGGUUUAAGUUGGAUAAAGUCACAGUCGCGGCGGAAGCGAAAGCGAAAGCAAAGAAACUGAAGAAAGCCGAAGAAAAGAAGGAAAACAUCGUGAAGAAAAAGAAAACAUCGCCCGUGAAACGUAAAACAAAAACUGAAAAGUCUGAGAAAAGUGAAAAAGCAAAGAAAACUAGUGCAAAAGCAAAGGCAAGUGCCAAGUCGCCGAAGAAGGUCAGGAAAGGUGUAGAAACAACGCCGACAGCCCCCAGGUCGAAAAAAGCUGAAAUGAAGACUCCAAAGAAACCGAAAUCUGCCACAGCCAAGUCCAAAGUUACAGCUACUGAGAAGAAAAAGGCAAAGCCCGCCAGCAAGAAAGGCACCCCCAAGAAGAGCAAGGCCAAGACAAAAUCCUAGAGCUAGAGUGUACAGUUUUAUAUGUGAACUUUUUAAUUGCAGGCUGUAAUUGUUUUAGAAUAAAUAUUUUAAAAUCAGUUUGAA